AAACAUUUUAAUUCAAAAGCAUCCGCGUAGUGGCGCAUAGUGCUUUGUCGUGAUUCUCGGCAUAUUUUCGGUAUUGUAGUUCUUUGGCAUUCACGGUGAAAAUAGUGGCGUGGGUUCACGAAAAACCCAUUUUCAGUAAUUUUCCGCAGUUUUCCGGCAAUCUAUUCGGUAAGAAAUUAAUCCUAAAGUGAAUAGUGCUAUGAAGAAAAUGGAAGAUUUUGUCUAAAGAGCCUAAAAAUGUGUAUUUUCUUUGUUUUCUUUAGCGUUGCUGUGUUGAAAGAUUUUGUUUGGACUUCUGAAGGACACCGUACACACCCGAAGCUAAAAUUUCAUCUGGUGAGACUUGACCAGGCCCUCACUGUGUACAUCCUCUAAGGCUGUAUGAAGGAUAAUUUCUGGAGAACGACCGGAAGAUCGACCUUUUUACAACAAGUGAAAACCUCUUGGUCAUCAGAAGCAUCCCAUGGCUUAGGAGAAAGGACCUUAUAUGGAUUUGGAUGCGUACAAAUUGAUCAGGAAACGACCACAAAGGAUGCCCCAAAGGAAGGAAACUUCGAAGCAGGAUGUCAUCAUGUGACCGCCUUGAAGGAUCCCGCAAUGUUCCUCCCUCCAAGUAUGUCUACAAAUGGAAUUCUAACGAGGGAAUUGGUUGCUGAGACCAGCAAAGGAAAAUGGACAACUGACAGCGAUGGAAUGGUGAGAAAAUUAAAAAAAAAAUGUAUUUAAAUAAAGUUUUAAAAUAAAAAUGUAAAAAAAAAACUAAUUUUCUGGUAUUUUAUUUUCGUUUUAUAACCUUCGGAAUAUA